AUGCCUCUCCAGAUAUUCUGCACCAUCUCCUUCUCCAGCGAGGAAGGACCAAGAGAUGUUGCAGCCACCGGGACAGGAGACAACGGAGCAGAUGAGUUCCUGUAUGGGCAGGAGGAGGAUGAAGAGGAGGAGGAGGAUGCAGGGGCAGCCACGGACUUUGUGGCCUUUGCCAGCAGCUGCACACUGCACGGCCUGAGCCACAUCUUCGUGGAGGGCAGCCUGGGUGCCCGGCAGGCACUCUGGGCUCUGGCCUUCCUCCUCUCCCUCUCCGUCUUCCUCUACCAGGUGGCCGACCGCAUCGUCUACUACCUGGAGUACCACCACGUCACACUGCUCAGCGAGGAGGACAGCCCUGAGAUGACCUUCCCUGCCAUCACCUUCUGCAACACCAACCGCGUGCGGCUCUCACAGCUCAGCCACGAGGAUCUGCUCUACCUGGCGCCCCUGGUUGACUACGAGCCCGGGAUGGAGCUGGGCUUCAUGCCAGCCCAGCCUGGCCCUGAGGAUGACGAUGAGCCCCUCAAUUUGUAUGUGUUUUUUAACCGCACUUGCCACCAGCUGGAGGACAUGCUGCUGAGCUGCAGCUACCGGGGCGAGCCGUGUGGCCCCGCUGACUUCACCGUGGUCUUCACCCGCUAUGGGAAGUGCUACACCUUCAACGCGGGGCAGGACGGGAAGCCCCGGCUCAUCACCAUGAAGGGGGGCACCGGCAACGGCCUGGAGAUCAUGUUAGACAUUAAGCAGGACGAGUACCUGCCGGUGUGGGGGGAGACAGAUGAGACCUCAUUCGAAGCCGGAAUCAAGGUGCAGAUCCACAGCCAGGAUGAGCCCCCACUGAUCGACCAGCUGGGCUUUGGGGUGGCUCCCGGCUUCCAGACCUUCGUGUCCUGCCAGGAGCAGAGGCUCAUCUACCUGCCACCUCCCUGGGGCGACUGCAAGGCCGUGGCGGGCGACUCGGAGUUUUAUGACAACUACAGCAUCACCGCCUGCCGCAUCGACUGCGAGACCCGUUACCUGGUGGAGAACUGCAACUGCCGCAUGGUGCACAUGCCAGGCGAUGCCCCUUACUGCACCCCGGAGCAGUACAAGGAGUGCGCGGACCCGGCCUUAGAUUUCCUGGUGGAGAAGGACAAUGAGUACUGCGUCUGUGAGAUGCCCUGCAACGUGACCCGCUACGGCAAAGAGCUCUCCAUGGUGAAGAUCCCCAGUAAAGCCUCUGCCAAGUACCUGGCCAAGAAGUACAACAAGUCGGAGCAGUACAUCGGGGAAAACAUCCUCGUGCUGGAUAUCUUCUUUGAAGCGCUGAACUACGAGACUAUCGAGCAGAAGAAGGCAUACGAGGUGGCUGGUGACAUUGGAGGGCAGAUGGGGCUGUUCAUUGGGGCCAGCAUCCUCACAGUGCUGGAGCUGUUCGAUUACGCCUACGAGGUGAUAAAGCAUCGGCUGUGCCG